AUGGGUGGUUGUGUCAGCUCUGAGAGCAAUGCCGACCUCGAGCAAAAAAAGAAAAGCCAAGCGAUCGACCGAAAACUAGAGGAAGACUCACGGCGUUUACGACGAGAAUGCAAAAUUCUACUACUAGGUUCCGGCGAAAGCGGAAAAUCAACCAUCGUCAAACAGAUGAAAAUUAUUCACCAAAAUGGAUACAGUGUCGAAGAGCUCGCGCUUUAUCGCUUGACUGUUUACAAGAAUCUUCUCGACUGUGCCAAGGCCCUCAUCCAGGCGUACGGCCACUUCGACGUCGAGCCGACCAGCCAACGAGUCCGCGAUUUUCUCACAUACAUCAUGGAAUACAACAUAGACCCGGACCCAAACAUACCCUUGGAUCCAAAGGUCGGAGAUGCGGUGACUUACAUCUGGAAUGACCCGUGUACCGCCAGCGUUUUGGAACACCAGAGUGAAUUCUACCUGAUGGACUCGGCGCCAUAUUUCUUUGAGCACGCGAAACGAAUAUCAGCCGCAGACUACAUCCCCAACGAAGCAGACGUGCUACGCGCCCGAACAAAGACAACUGGUAUCUAUGAAACACGCUUCACAAUGGGUCAGCUCAGCAUGCACAUGUUCGACGUCGGUGGCCAGCGUAGUGAACGCAAAAAGUGGAUCCAUUGUUUCGAGAACGUCACAUCCAUCAUCUUCUGUGUCGCUUUGAGUGAAUACGACCAGGUGCUAUUGGAGGAAAGCAAUCAGAACCGUAUGAUGGAGAGCUUGGUGCUUUUCGACUCGGUCGUCAAUUCUCGAUGGUUCAUGCGCACGAGUAUCAUUCUGUUCCUCAACAAGGUCGAUCUGUUCCGCCAAAAACUCGGCCGGUCGCCUUUGAGCAACUAUUUCCCCGACUAUUCCGGAGGCAACGAUGUCAACCGGGCGGCCAAAUAUCUCCUCUGGCGAUUCAACCAGGUCAACCGAGCCCAUCUCAAUUUGUACCCUCAUCUGACACAAGCUACCGAUACCACUAACAUUCGUCUCGUGUUCGCCGCCGUGAAAGAAACCAUCCUUCAAAAUGCUCUAAAGGACUCGGGUAUUCUAUAA